AUGCCACAGAUCAGAGUAAAAAGCAAGGCUGAGGACCUUGCCCGAGUGCGAAACAAUCAACGGAAUUGCCGCGCGCGCCAGAAGGAGUACGUUCGUGACCUGGAACAAAAAGUGCAGUUCUACGAGACCGUGCAGAACACUCAAAUUGAUGACUUGCGAAAGAAGAUGGAGCUCCUCUCGGUCGAAAACCAGCUACUGAAGUAUUUCGUGGAAUCCGUAACAUCCAUGGUGGACUCCGCAUUUGAACAGCCUCUCGCACCAUCGUGGGAGGCUUGCGGACCGAUGACUGGAUCUGAGCUUGGCUUAGAUGUGCUGGUCUCUUCAGAAUAUCUCAUCUCGUCUAAUUCGGUGCCUGGGGCAACGAACAGACUAGGUGGCACUCAGUCUGUCCCUGGGAAUGAUGAUCCUUCGCAAGAGGAAAAUACAAUGACAUCACAUCCCUCCUUAUCUGACCUUCCCCCACUUGAUGACCGGCUUUUAUACAUGUCUACACAACUACCGGCAAGCACGGUACGCGUUUCGGAAUCGCUGAACUGCCCACAAAUGGGGCUGAUGCCAUACAACGGCUUCGCCUCAGAGGAGUCCCAACUGUCGACCUCGGGAUAUCCCGCCAUGGAUUGUAAUCUAGGCACCUCGGAUCCCUUCUCACAACAUACCCUCUCCUGUUCAGAGGCCUGUGAGCUCUUGAUUGGCUAUGUCCGAAGGAAACCAGAUCUCAGAAACCUACAUCUGAGACUUCGAAGUGGGUACCGAAAUAGCCUUGUGCCCGGGGAGGGGUGCAGGGUUGAUUAUUAUCAGUUGCUUGCUGUUCUCUCUGAUACGUCGUAG